CCUUCUCCUUCGACAAGGCUCCUCUCUACUACACUGUUGGGUAGCCUUCUUCUGGGCUCUGAGGACAGUACGUGACCUGUGUAAAAAUGCUGCGAUAUUGGGGUGAGAUUCCGGUUUCAUCUAGCCAGGCCAACCGCAGCUCCUUUGACCUGCUUCAGCGUGAGUUUCGUACUGUGGAAGUCCAAGAUCCUCCAUUGCAUCAGCCAUCUGCCAACAAGCCCCGGCCGACCACCAUGCUGGACAUCCCCUCGGAGCCCUGCAGCCUCACAAUUCACACCAUUCAGCUCAUCCAGCACAACAGGCGACUGCGCAGCCUGAUCGCCAUGGCUCAGGCUCAAAACCAGCAGCAAGCGGAGGGCAUAAAAACCGAAGACAAUGAACCUCUGCCAUCUUGUCCGGCCUCUCCACCUCUCCCUGAUGACCUGCUUCCUCUGGAUAGCAAAACCCCCAAAAUGCCAUUUCAGCUGAGGCACAGUGACCCAGAGAGUGAUUUCUACAGGGGAAAAGGGGAGCCAGUGACUGAGCUGAGUUGGUCCUCCUGCCGGCAGCUUCUCUACCAGUCAAUGGCCACCAUCCUGGCUCACACAGGCUUUGAGUGUGCCAAUGAGAGUGUCCUGGAGACCCUGACAGACAUCGCCCAUGAGUACUGCCUGAAGUUCACCAAACUGCUGCGCUUUGCUGUGGAUCGAGAAGCUCGGCUUGGGCAUACCCCUUUCCCUGAUGUCAUGGAGCAGGUCUUCCAUGAAGUGGGCAUUGGCAGCGUGCUCUCGCUGCAGAAGUUCUGGCAACACCGCAUUAAGGAUUAUCACAGUUACAUGCUUCAGGUUAGCAAGCAGCUCUCUGAAGAAUAUGAGAAGAUUGUCAACCCUGAAAAGGCAGCAGAAGACACAAAGCCUGUGAAGAUUAAGGAGGAACCUGUUAGUGAUAUUACUUUCCCCAUAAGUGAGGAGCUGGAAGGAGAUCUGGCUUCUGGUGACCAGUCAUUGCCCGUUGGAGUCCUUGGAGCUCAAAGCGAGCGCUUCUCUGCCAACUUGGAAGUAGAAGCUUCUCCGCAGACUUCAGGGGCUGAGGUGAACGCUUCCCCACUCUGGAACUUGGCACAGGUAAAAAUGGAGCCACAGGAAAAUGAGGAGGCUAAUGUACAUGGCCACGGGGUCCUAGGCAGUGAUGUCUUUGAGGAACCGAUGUCAGGGAUGAGCGAAGCUGGGAUGCCACAGAGCCCAAAUGGCUCUGAGAGCAGCUAUGGUUCUCAUUCUGCUGACAGUCUGAUGGGAUCCUCACCUGUCUUCAACCAGCGCUGCAAGAAAAAGAUGAAGAAGAUGUGAAAAGAGGCAGUCUUUUUACUUAGUCCUGAUGGUACGUAAUAGACUUGAAACAAACCAAGAGAGUACUGUGAUGGCUAUGAUUCAUAAACAGGGCUGGCCCUGGUGUAUGAGGGGCCUUGCAUAAAAUUAUUAUGAGAGGUUUGAUGUGUAGUGCACUUCAGCUUCCCUCUUUGCUGGCUUCUGUACUCCAUCCUGACUCAUGAGAUUGAAGAUCACCCUAUACAUUUGGUAGUGGCAUGGCUUGCUUUGGCAGAUUAAUGAGGAAGUUACUGGUGGGAAGUAGUUGUGAGCAGAUUUGCUAAGUCAUAGAGUCAUUGAAUAACUUGGGUUGAAGGGACCUCUUGACACUUCUAGCCCAGCCCCCUGCUUGAAGCACAGCCAAUUCUAGCAGGUUGCCUAGGGCCUUGUCCAUUUAAGUUUUAAGUAUCACCAAGGAUGGUGAUGCCAAACUUCUUUGGGCAACGUUUUCCCACAUUUGACUACCCUCAUAGUAAAAAAUAAUACAUUCUUGCAUCUAGUCAGAAUGUCCCAUGUUCCACCUUGUGUUCAUUGCCUCUUGUUCUAUCACUGUUCAUCUCUGAGAAGAGGCUGACUGUCCUCUCUGACCCGCCCAUACAAGUGGUUGUGUACAAUGAGACCUCUUUUUAGCCUUUUCUCUUCUUAAGUGUGGAGAAACCAAGCUCCCAGAGCCUUUCCUUGUACAUCCUGUGCUCAAGCUCCCUAACCAGCUUUGUGGCCUUUGACUGAAAUUGCUGCAGUGCCCUUCUUGUAAGAGGGAGCACAAAAGUGGAUGCAGUCCUCCAGAUAUGGUCUCACAAGUGCUGAAUAGAGAGAAAUAAUAAUUUCCCGCAAUGUGCUGGCUACACACUUGCUGACUGUUGUGGGCAACAAGACAGUCUUAAGUCAGGAUAUUUCACUGCUUGGGGAGCUGUCACUGAUUGUUAUGAUGACCUAGCAAAGAUGCUGUAGAGUGGCUUCACAGUGCCAUCAGCCAGCUCGUUCAGUGCCUUCAGAUGCAUCCUGUCUGGUUCCAUGGACUUAACAUAUGUUCAUUUGGCUUAAGUUCUUCCUAACUCAGUCUUCCUCUACUGUAGAUAAUGCUUUAUUCCCACACACUCUGCUAGAAGACCCAGGGACCUGGCAGACCUUAUCAGUGAAAACAGGCAAAAAAAGUGUUGAGUACAUCAGCUUCAAAGUACAAAGGGCGUCCUUUGUCACCACACUGCCUGCAUUGUUGAACAGUAAACCCAUGUUUUCUUUAAGCUUUCAUUUGCUUCCAGUGUACUUAAAGAAGCCCUUCUUCACUUUUCUUACUGGUUUCAACUCCAGCUGAGCUUUGACUUACCUAACUGUCCCUGCAUGCUUGGGCUGUGUCUCUGUAUCCCUGCUGGCCAGCCUAUCCUCACUUCCACCUCUGUGUACUUUCUCCUUUGUGUUUGAGCUCAGUCAGGAGUUCCUUGAUCAUCUGUGCUGGCCUUCUGUCAUGCCUGCUUUGCUUUCUGCUUGUCAGAAAGGAAUGUUCUUCUACUUUGAGAAAGCCAUCUUUGAAGAUAAGGCAGCACACUUGGGCCCCGUAUGGGAGGCCAGGGCAGUCCCUUAUGAGAUCCUGCCAAGACAUGCCUUGAGUAAACCAAAAUAUGUUGUCCUAAAGAUCCAGGACUCUGUCUUGUACACGUUUCUCAGGAUUUUAAAUGCCACAAUGCCAUGUUUGCUGCAGCCAAGACCUUCACAUUCUCCACCAAUUCUUCCUUGUUAGAAACAAGUCCAGCAGAGCUUCUUCCCUAGUUGAUUUCUUGAUCAUCUGGUCAGGGAAAUUGAUGUGGUUUUCUGAGAAUGAAGCAGUGUUUACUAUUGGGGUGAGCCAGUACAGGCAAUGCAAAUUUUUCCCUUGCUCUCGUUGGAUCAAGUACAGCAACUUGAGGCUGGCUGAGGUUUUGUAUUCAAAGUUGUUAUCUUGACAACUUAGUUUGAAAAAGAAUCUAUUUUGCUGCUUGCUUUUAUGGUGCAGCUGACUGAUGGCUUUUUUUUUGUUCUGCACAAUCCUCAGUUGAUCAACUCAGUCUUUAACUUGAUUCAGUGAGUAUCUCUCUCAAAAAAGCUGGAAUGAACAUGAAUCAAGAAUGAACAGCCACUUAAACUGGCUUUAUACCUGUAACCCAUUGGGAUGUUUGAGGGAGAUUUACCAAACCUCCCAUUUGUCCUUGCAAUUGCAAGUUUAUCUUUUGAAAGAAUGAGCUUCAGGCAUAGUAUUUUUGUUUCUGUAUAACAUGCCUAGCCUUAAUUCUUUUUUCCUGACUGUAUUUCUCUUCCACUUUAUAGAAGUGGAAGCUAAACAUAAAAUUCCUCAAUGUCUAGUAAGAAUGUGUGACCACAGGCUUUUAUGGAUAUUGGAGUUAAAAUUGUCCAUCACAGUUUUAAAGGUUUCUCCUGGGUGAGUAAAUUCUGGCUAUUUGAAGCCUGGUCAGUAGUGGAAGAGUGUACCAGUGUAUCAAGAAAUCUUUAUUUUGAAUCCCUGUGAGUCACCAUUAGGCAAGCUGCAAUGUCCCUGUUUUCUCAGCUGUAAAAAAAGAAUAGUAAUAUUUGCCUCUUAGAAUUGUGUUUGAGAUUUAGUUACUGUUCAGAAAAAGUCACCGUAAUCGUUCAGAGAGUUUUGUGAGGGUUGUGAGCUUUUCUUCCAUUUCAGUAGGACUGUUGCUGGCUGGAGAAUGCUUAGAUGAACACUGAAAUGUUACAGACCUGUAUGAUAGUGUAUGAUGGCUUUAAGCAAGACUGCUUAUCGAGAAGAAGUACAGCACAACUAUGCUGUUCAACUGCCCAGGUACAAGGAAGGCAUUUGGGUUGGUAUCUUCUCACUCAGCUUUAGAUGUCUGCAUCUAAAUCUGUUCCUCUGGGCCCCAUUUGCAGCUGAAGAGAAAUAGUCAUUCUUAGGUCACCGUUCAUCUGGCCUUGAAGUAGAAGUAUAAAGCGUGUCAGGUGAACGGCAUUUUUAGAAGUGUCUAUUUUUCCUUUGUGUGCCCAUAAAG